CCCACUCACUGACCGCUGACUGCCAUCCGUGACAGACAGUGACCACAUGACUCAGCUUCCCGAUAGAGGUGUUAAUCUUGGGGGUCCAACAGUCCUGCCUGUCCACCGUGGUCCUGUCCUUUCAGGGGGGAAACUGAGGCACAGAGCUGGAGAACCACUGUUCAUGAUUUUGGAGGAAGUCAGCACACUGACUCAGAUUGCCCAGCUCACUGCCCACUGACCUGGGCUCCAUGCAGGAUGAUUCCCAAGGAACAGCAGGAUCCAGCAAUGACUGCCAUGGGGGACAUCAUGGGACCAGAACCGUCUCUGGACCUGGGAAAGAAGGUGAGCGUGCCCCAGGACCUGAUGAUAGAAGAGCUGUCACUGCGCAACAACCGGGGAUCUCUCCUCUUCCAGAAGAGGCAGCGCCGGGUGCAGAGGUUCACAUUUGAGCUUGCAGCUAGCCAGCAGGCGAUCCUAGCCGGAAGCACCAAGGGGAAGGUCACUGAAGCGUCUGUGCCCCUGACGGUCGCCAACGGCCCAGAGGGGCAGAGCUACCGCUCGGAGCUGCACAUCCUCCCCGCCUCCUCCGGGGACCCCGGGGGCGCCCACACCACAGCCGCCGGGAAGGAGCUCCUGCGGAACCCCAGCGCCCUGGCGCCAGGCUACGCAGAGCCCCUGAAGAGCGUCCCGCCCGAGAAGUUCAACCACACCGCCGUCCCCAAGGGCUACCGCUGUCCGUGGCAGGAGUUUGUCAGCUACCGAGACUACUUAUGCGAGGGCCGGAGUCACACCCCGAGCUUCGGAGACCUUCGGAAUUUCAAUAAGACCCCGGUGCCGUUUGGAAGAUCCCUCAUGGGGGAGGCCAUUUCCAGGGCAGCCACCCCCUUUGUCCCGGAGCCCUUCAAUGGCUUGGAACUUCUCCGCCUCAGGCCCAGCUUCAACAGGGUGGCUCAGGGCUGGGUACGCAACCUCCCAGAGUCUGAUGAGCUGUAGCCCCAGCCUGAAGCUUCAUUCCCCAGAAUUGGGGCUCAGCCAAGUUUCUGUAUGCUGAAGAAUGUUAGUGUCUGGAAAGCAGAAGGGUGGACCUGAGUUGGCUUGAGUUGGUUCUGCAGCUGCCAUGCACAGAAGAGCCUGGGAAAGGGAAGGAGAUGCUGGAACCCAAAAGUGGAUCCUCCGUCCUUUUCUUCUCAUCAUCUGACUUUACUCAUGUUAAAAAAAAAAAAAAAAAAAAAGGGAGAGAAAUAAAAUGUGAAAGUAUCUGCCCAAGUCCUCACACACAUGCAUACGCCUGCCCACCCUUGUGCAUUCUGCUUCAUUGUGUGCCGCACGAAUGACGGACUUCUGUGACUGUGGACAUGAAUCAGGUGCCUAGGUCCACAGGUAUGUCUCGGUGUCAGUGAAAUUGCACUUAUGUACUGUUCUUUGUCCAACAAAUAAAAUUCCAAUCCUGGAAA